CGCGGCGGGGCGGCGGCGGCGGCGGCGAUGGCGGAGCUCCGCACGGCGGCGGCGGCAGCGGGCCCCGGGCCGGCGGCGCUGCCCGGCCCCAUGGCGCUGCCCGCGGCCCCCGGUUCGGCCCCUGCCCUGCCCUCACCGGCGGCGGGAGGCGGGGCCGGGCCAGGCCCGGGGGCGGGCGCGGCGGCAGCGGCGGCGGCGGCGGCGGGGGGCGGCGGUUCCGGGUCGGGCGGCGCCGGGUCCGGUUCGGCGCGGGAGGGCUGGCUCUUCAAAUGGACCAACUACAUCAAAGGCUACCAGCGCCGCUGGUUCGUGCUCAGCAACGGCCUCCUCAGCUACUACCGAUCCAAGGCGGAGAUGCGGCACACUUGCCGCGGCACCAUCAACCUGGCCACGGCCAACAUCACGGUGGAGGAUUCCUGCAACUUCAUCAUCUCCAACGGCGGGGCCCAGACCUACCACCUGAAGGCCAGCUCGGAGGUGGAGCGGCAACGUUGGGUCACCGCCCUGGAGCUGGCCAAGGCCAAAGCCGUCAAGAUGCUGGAGGAAUCAGAUGACUCCGGUGACGAGUCGGUGUCGCAGACGGACAAGACGGAACUGCAGAGCACGCUGCGCACCCUGUCCAGCAAAGUGGAGGAUCUGAGCACCUGCAACGACCUGAUCGCCAAGCACGGCACGGCCCUGCAGCGCUCUCUCAGCGAGCUGGAGACCCUCCGCCUGCCGGCCGAGAGCACCGAGAAGAUCAAGCAGGUGAACGAACGAGCCACCCUCUUCCGCAUCACCUCCAACGCCAUGAUCAACGCCUGCCGGGAUUUUCUGAUGCUGGCCCAGACCCACAGCAAGAAGUGGCAGAAAUCGCUGCAGCACGAACGGGAUCAGCGCAUCCGGCUGGAGGAGACGCUGGAGCAGCUGGCCAAGCAGCACAACCACCUGGAGAGGGCCUUCCGUGGGGCCACCGUCUUGCCCGCCAGCGCGCCGGGCACCGGCGGCUCUGCCAAAGAUCCGUGCUGCCCGGCGAAAGGAGACCUGAGCGACGAAGACGACGACAACGAGUUCUUCGACGCCCCGGAGAUCAUCACCAUGCCGGAGAGCAUGGGCCACAAACGCACCGGCAGCAACAUCAGCGGCACCAGCAGCGACAUCAGCCUGGACGAGCAGUACAAGCACCAGGUGGAAGACACCAAGAAGGAGAAGAGAACCCGCAUCCCCUACAAACCCAACUACAGCCUCAACCUCUGGAGCAUCAUGAAAAACUGCAUCGGGAAGGAGUUGUCCAAGAUCCCCAUGCCGGUGAACUUCAACGAGCCCCUGUCCAUGCUCCAGCGCCUGACCGAGGACCUGGAGUACCACGAGCUGCUCGACCGGGCGGCCAAAUGCGAGAGUUCGCUGGAGCAGUUGUGCUACGUGGCCGCCUUCACCGUCUCGUCCUACUCCACCACCGUCUUCCGCACCAGCAAACCCUUCAACCCCCUCCUGGGGGAGACUUUUGAGCUGGAUCGCCUGGAGGAGAACGGUUACCGUUCCCUCUGCGAGCAGGUGAGCCACCACCCCCCGGCCGCUGCCCACCACGCCGACUCCAAGCACGGCUGGACGCUUCGCCAGGAAAUUAAAAUCACCAGCAAAUUUCGGGGCAAAUACCUCUCCAUCAUGCCUCUGGGUACCAUCCACUGCGUCUUCCACUCUUCCGGCAACCACUACACGUGGAAAAAAGUCACCACCACCGUACACAACAUCAUCGUGGGCAAGCUCUGGAUAGACCAGUCGGGUGAAAUCGAGAUCGUCAACCACAAGACGGGCGACAAGUGCAACCUCAAGUUCGUUCCUUACAGCUAUUUCUCGCGGGACGUGGCCAGGAAGGUCACGGGGGAGGUGACAGACCCCGCGGGGAAGGUGCAUUUUGUCCUGCUGGGCACCUGGGACGAGAAGAUGGACUGCUACAAGGUGACGCAGGGCGCUGGGGACAACGGAGCGGAAGGACGGCAGAGAGCCCACGAGGCCGAGGACAGCCGGGUGCUGCUGUGGAAGAGGAACCCGCUCCCGAAGUACGCGGAGAACAUGUACUACUUUUCGGAGCUGGCGUUGACGCUCAACGCCCCGGAGAGCGGCACGGCGCCCACCGACAGCCGUUGGCGCCCCGACCAGCGCCUGAUGGAGAACGGCCGCUGGGACGAGGCCAACGCCGAAAAACAGCGCCUGGAGGAGAAACAACGCAUCUCCCGCAAGAGACGGGAAGCCGAAGCCGCCAGGGCCACCGAGGACGGCACCCCCUACGACCCCUACAAGCCGCUGUGGUUCGAGCGCAAGAAGGACCCUGUCACCCAGGAGCUGGCGCACGUCUACAAGGGCGGUUACUGGGAGAGCAAAGAGAAGCAGGACUGGACCUUGUGCCCGGACAUUUUCUGAGCCGGCGGAGUCAAGGGGGGGGUGGGACACACACACACACACACACACACACACACACACACAUAUGCUGGGGUGGGGGGGGGGAGCCCCCGUCUGUCUGUCCGUCUGUCUUAACCGCCCGUCCCGUCGGCCGCGCUCGCCUGCCGGGGUUGCCUUAGCCCAUCCAAACUGACUUUGAUGCCGGAGCGGGGAGCGGGAACCGGCCCCCCCCACCCUCCCCUCCACCCCCCCCGCCCCAAAAAACCCGCUCAGAAGUUGGGGGGGGGGGGGUGUCUCCUUCAUCCCAUCCACUUCGCAGCGCCCCCCCCCCCCGGGGUGGGCAGGGGCCGGCUCUGCCCCGGGGCGGGGGGCGCAGCGGGGCGAGCCCGAGGCUGGCCUUGGUCUCUUCCCCCUCCCCAUUUUUUCGGUUCUUCUUGGCAGCCCCCCCCCCCCAACACCCACCCGCCCAGGCAUUGGGGUGCUCACGGCGGUGGGGGGCGGGGGGGGGGGGGGCAGACUCCGCCCCACAGCCUGUUCUAUAGGUGUAUAUUAUAUAUAUGUAGAGAGCGAGCAGGGGGGUCCCCUUCUGCGCCCCCCGGGGGGGUCACCCAGCCUCCCUGGGGUGUCCCCCAGCCACAGCCCACCCCCCCCGGCCGCAGGGCGCCCCCCCCCCUCCAGGUGCCUUCCCCAGAGGUUGUUUAGGGCAGGGGAUGGUCCGAGGACUUGGGGGGCGGGGGGGGGGUGUGGGGGGUGGGUGUGUGCGUCUCUCCCACCCAUCCCCGGGGGGCAGCGGGGCCCCCGCAUCCCCAAACACUACAGGGGCCAGGGAGAUACGCUGUGGGGGGAGACG